CGCUAGUCGCCCCCAGUGCUCCUACUCUCUAGGUCUUUUUUGUCUCUAGUGCAGAUUAAACGUCACGUCCGCACUUGAACUUGAAUUUUAUCCCAUUGUACGGAGGCAGACCCAGCCAUAGAGAGAUUGAGCGCUCCCAGGGAACCAGGACUCCGCCAUCUUCACAUUGCAAUAUAUCUCCUAGUAAUAGCCAGCACUCACCCAGAAGCACUGGGGGGCUUCCUUCCUAUCAAGACCUUGUGCCAAGCGAGGGGCGGGGGGGAAGCACUGGUAAAAGUAGUGCGAGCAAAGCAAAAAGCAAAAAAGCAAAAAAAAAAAAAACCUCAAACAGUAGCACUUGAACUGGCAAAGAGGAGACACAGUUUGGCUAUCCCUUUAAAAAAAGCAAAGCAAAAAAGAAUUCUAAUUAACUCAGCAAGGGUAUUUUUGGUUGCAUUUUUCUCUGCGUGUGGGCAAAUACCAAUUUUUCUACUUUUGUGCGAGCAUGUAUGCAUUUAAUUCAAUUUUCAUAUCUUUUUCUUUUUUGUUUUUUUUUUAAAGAAAACCCUCCUGAUGGAAGAAGUGCACUUUGCUUUUUUUCCCCCCUUCUUUUUCUUCUAACCACUCUGGAAAAAUAAAUGUCAGCGCUUGGUGAAGUUCAAGAAAAGAUCUGGAAGCUGUGGAAAAGGAAAACAAAAACCAAACAACCCAAAAGACAGUUGUCUUAUGAAAAUAAAAUCUAAGCCUCCCUCACUUCAUUUAUGAUGUUUGUUUAAUUGGACGAAGAACCUCAUCCUGAGAACGUCAAGGGGGGAAAGUGCUUCUCUCUUUCGAAUUCUUUAUUUUCUUUUUAAAAGAAGAAAUCCGUCAAGAAGAGCAUAGAAGAAGAGGAGAAGACGACCGCUCCCCCCUCCUCCGCUCCCCCCUACCUAAGUCCAGCUCUCCGGGCGAUGACCGUGUAAAUGCCAGGGCAAUGUCCCGUCGCAAGCAGGGGAACCCGCAGCACUUAUCACAAAGGGAAAUUAUCACGCCAGAGGCUGACCACGUGGACACUGCCAUCAUCACCCAUGAGGAAGAGAGCCUAGCACUAGGAGAGCCAGUUGGGCUCAGCAUUGCGGUGGGUGGAACAGACCCUGACCUAUUAACCUGUGGACAGUGUCAGAUGAACUUUCCCCUGGGAGACAUCUUGGUUUUUAUAGAGCACAAGAAGAAACAGUGCCAUGGUGCUGGUGGUGCCUGCUAUGAAAAGAACGUGGAUAAGAACAGUCCUCCCCCUCCAUCACGCUCCGAGCUCAGGAAAGUGUCAGAGCCAGUGGAAAUCGGGAUCCAAGUCACACCCGAUGAAGAAGACCGUGUUCUCACGCCUACAAAAGGAAUUUGCCCCAAGCAAGAGAACAUUGCAGGGCCGUUCAGGCCUGCAAAGCUGCCGGCGGCCUCCAUAACUGCCUCCUCCCACCCUCAUGCAUCAGUGAUCGCACCGCCACCUCUCCGUGCUCUAACCUCAGUCCCGCCCUGCCUGAACCUGCCCUGCUGUGGUGCGCGCGCAAUCUCAGUUGGUGGGUCUCAGAGUGAGACAUCAGGCACAUUUGGAUGUCAUUGUCAGUUGUCAGGUAAAGAUGAGCCUUCAAGCUAUAUUUGCACAACAUGCAAGCACCCUUUUAAUAGCGCUUGGUUCUUGCUUCAGCAUGCCCAGAAUACACAUGGAUUCCGCAUCUACUUGGAAACUAGCCCUUCAAACAGCUCCCUUACUCCACGCAUCACCAUCCCUCCUCCUCUGGGACCCGAGACUGUUGCACAGUCCCCGCUGAUGAAUUUCCUAGGUGACAAUAACCCUUUUAGUCUCUUACGAAUGACAGGUCCCAUCCUGCGUGAUCAUCCUGGCUUUGGUGAAGGUCGGCUUCCUAAUACACCUCCCCUCUUCAGCCCGCCACCUCGUCAUCAUCUGGAUCCACAUCGCCUUAGUGCCGAAGAAAUGGGGUUAGUUGCCCAGCAUCCUAGUGCCUUUGACAGAGUCAUGCGUUUAAAUCCCAUGGCAAUUGAGUCGCCAGCGAUGGAUUUCUCCAGAAGGCUUCGAGAACUGGCAGGAAACAAUGCCACCCCGCCACCAGUCUCGCCUAGUCGCAGCAACCCUAUGCAUCGCUUAUUGAAUCCUUUCCAGCCAAGCCCUAAAUCUCCUUUUCUGAACACCCCUCCAUUGCCACCAAUGCCUCCAAGCAGCACUACGCCUCCUCAGCCUCAGGCAAAGAGUAAGUCCUGUGAAUUUUGUGGAAAAACCUUCAAGUUUCAGAGCAAUCUCAUUGUCCACCGGCGCAGUCACACGGGAGAGAAGCCCUAUAAAUGCCAACUCUGUGACCAUGCUUGUUCCCAAGCCAGCAAAUUAAAACGCCAUAUGAAAACACAUAUGCACAAAGCUGGAUCCAUGACAGGGAGGUCCGAUGAUGGAUUAUCUGCUACAAGUUCCCCAGAGCCUGGCACAAGUGAACUAACUGGAGAGGGACUAAAGUCUAGUGAGGCAGAUUUCAGGAAUGAGAGUGAUCCUUCUCUAGGCCAUGACAAUGAAGAAGAGGAGGAGGAAGAGGAGGAGGAGGAGGAGCUGGAAAAUGAAAGUCGACCUGAGUCAAGCUUUAGCAUGGAUUCAGAACUAAGCCGUAACCGAGAGAAUGGUUCCAAAUCACUGCCAGAUGAAAAAUCCCUUGUCCUAGGAAAAGUGAUAGAGAAUGUAAGCCUUGGUACUAUCCAGCAAUACAGUGACAUGUUGGCUGAAAAGCAGAAAAGAGGUGGCUUUAUGAAAAGGUCUUCAGAUCAGCGAGAUCUGUGCCCUCGAGACCUUUGCCAGAGAGACACAGGUGAUGAAGACUCAGUAGCUGGAGAACUUGACCGCACUGAGGAAGGGACAGUGAAUGGGAGAAACUUUGGGCCAGGUGAACCCUUCCCAGGGCUAUUCCCUCGUAAGCCCACCCCUAUCACAAGCCCCAAUUUAAAUAACUCCUCCAAAAGAAUAAAGAUAGAAAAAGAUUUGGACUUGCCACCAGCAACAAUAAUACCUUCUGAAAAUGUUUACUCUCAGUGGCUGGUAGGAUACGCAGCAUCAAGGCACUUCAUGAAGGAUCCAUUUCUAGGAUUCACAGACUCCCGACAAUCCCCCUUUGCAACAUCUUCUGAGCAUUCCUCAGAGAACGGAAGCCUGCGUUUCUCUACUCCACCAGGUGAUAUGCUGGAUGGUGGUCUCUCAGGGCGCAGUGGGACGGCGAGCGGAGGCAGCACCCCCCAUAUUAGUGGACCUGGUCCUGGUCGACCCAGUUCAAAGGAAGGACGGCGGAGUGACACGUGUGAAUACUGUGGCAAGGUCUUUAAGAACUGCAGUAACUUAACGGUGCAUCGCCGGAGCCACACAGGAGAGCGGCCUUACAAAUUUCCAUGGUUCUUCUGAGGGAAGCAUGGACAGUGGCUAGAAGAGAUAAAGGCUCUUCUUCAUUUUCUUCUCCUCAACUUGAGUAUUUUGACUGAGAGCAAAGCCUAAUUUCUUUAACUGACAUGUUAAUUGAUCAAACGUGGAACAAUAUGCUUUCCCUUAUUUACAAAGGUCCUUUCAUCUUGACAUAUAAUACUUUUUGCAAGUUAUUAUAGCUCUAAUUCUUUGCUGUUCUUUUAGCCUUUCAGAUCAGAACAGGUGCCCUCAGAUGAAAUGUUUAUCUUUAUCUGUUUGUGUAUGUUUGUGUGCUUUUGAUGUAGAGGUUAAGUCAGAAACCAGUUAGAAACCAGGAGACUGUGAGUUCUAGUCACUCUUUAAACAAAAAGCUGGCUGAGUUAUCUCGACUAGUCACUUUCUUUCAACCCUAGGAAGGAGACAGUGGCAAAUCACUUAUGAGAAACUUUGCCAAGAAAACUUUCAGGCAGUCUCCAAGAAUCGGACAUGAUUGGAUGGAAGGAAAAACAAAACACACGCGAACACACAUAUCUAUAUACAAAUCUUCAUAAUCUAAGACUUUCUAGGUAAUAAAUUGAAAACCCCUGAUAUAGUUAGUAUACAUUAUUAUAAAAUUUACAUUUUGAUUCUGUUGACCCGCACUUUAAAACUAUUUUUUUGUUUAUUUGUUUGCAUUGAAGACCAGUGGCUUCUAAACAAGAAAUUACAGCAUUUUUGUCUUUGCUUGGCCCAGAGAUGGGUGAAAUUAUUAAAGGGGGACAUCUGAGAUUAAGUGUCAGUGUUGCUAAGCAUGGCAUUCACAAUACUGGCACUAUAAAAAACUAAUAAUAAUUUAUUGGACAGUUUUUCUACUGCCAUUUCAAUUUGAUGUGAGUGCCUUGAAAACUGAUCUUCCUAUUUCAGUCUCUUGAGACACAUGCAAACAAUUUUUGUGAAAUGAAAAGACUUUUCAAAAAAGAUAGAACAAGAAAGGUAUGUUCUUUAGAUGAAAAAAAAAAGAGCCACAUUUACAUUUUUUUAAAAAAAGCCUGGUUGAAGAUAGUGGACAUGAAAAUGCCAUAAGACCCAAUCAAAUGAAGAUGUAUAUCCAGCACAACUUCGGACAUCCAUUUGCUGAAUUAUUCUCAGCCUUUCUCUUUUUUUUCAGGACAACGCUGCUUAGGAAAUGGAAUGGAAAUGAUUUACUGCUGAAUUAAAACUCAAAUGACACAAAUUGCAAGUUGUUAUCAUUGAAUGAAAAAUAAUUCAGGAACAACAGCUAAUUUUUUAAAAAGUUAAAUUUAGUGCACUCUGUCUUAAAAUACGUUUACAGUAUUGAAUACAUACAAGGGUAAAAAAAUGUGUGUAUGUGUGUUUGAGCAAUCUUUUUUUUUUUCAAAGUUUGCUUAAUAGGUUAUUAAAAAUGCCAUAAUGGCCAUGUGUAUAUUGUUUUCUUUUGGUGACGGGGUUUUAGUAUAUAUUAUAUAUAUUAAAAUUUCUUGAUUACUGUAAAAGUGGACCAGUAUUUGUAAUAAUGGAGAAUGCCUGGGCAUUUUACAAAACCAGAAAGAAAAAAAAAACUUUUCUCUUUUUUCCUUGAAAAUGUUGCAGUAAAAUUUAAAUGGUGGGUCUAUAAAAUUUGUUCUUGUCACUGUAACUGUAAAGUCUGAGUUUUAGUAUUUUUUUUCUGCCUUGGGUGUUGAAUUUUUAUUUCAAGAAAAAAUGUAUAGAAACUUGUAUUUGGGGAUUAAAAGGUGACUGCUACACCAUGUAGAAAAAGUACGUAGAAAAAAUGCUUAAUAUUGUUAUUGCUUUGCAGAUUAAAAAAAAUCACAUUUCUGACCUGUACCUAUUUUUAUCUCUUCCUCCCUUAGCAACUUCUCCCUUCCCUCUUCUUCUGGAAUGAAUAUUGAUAUUGGUUGAUUCAUAUAAUGUAGGCACUUGCUGUAUUUUUACUGGAACUUGUAAUUUUUUAACUGUACGCUUGUCCUUUUAAAGGGAUUUAAUGUACUUUUUUGUUAGUGAAUUUGGAAAUAAAAAUAAAAACAAACAAACAGGCUGCCAUAAUAUAUUUUUUUAAUUUGGCAGGAUAAAAUAGUAAAAAAAUUUGUAUGUCAAGACCUUAUUGUACAGAAGAAGGUAAAGUAAAAUGGUUGUUUGACAACCUAUGGGUAAAAGAAACAAACCAAUUAUUAUUUUUAAUUAUUGGAGGGGGUGAUAGGGAUAUUAAAUUUUGUUUCACUUAAAUUUUUUGUUCACUAUUUUAGUUGUGUGCAUGUAUAUAUAUAUAUAUAUAUAUAUAUAUAUAAAUAUAAAUAUAUAUAUAAAUAUUUUUUCUGUCAGAAAUGGCCUACAAAAAAACUGCUUGUUCCUUCAAGGCAGUAAUAACUUUGAAGCUGCCUGGACCCCUUGUAUCAAGGCCUUCCCAGGUAUAGUUGAACUAGGUGGUUGGCUGUUAUCUGUUGUUAAAAGAAAUUUCAUUUUUGUGAACUUGUUUGACUUAACAUUCCACAAUUCCCCUCAACACAAAGGAAGGUGACUUUUUCCUAGCAAAUGUAAACUUUCUAACUACGUUCCAUAAAACAUAUAUGUGUGUUUAAGGUAUCCAGCGAUACUGAAUUAGAUGGCACUGCAUCUCCUGAGGGAUGAAGUAGUCUGUUUGCUCUCCUCUCAUCAUUGAACAGAUGGUAGCACUCGUGUCAACUGUGGGUAAUGUGUAACCAGACCUCAACUCACUCAACUGUGCAAGGUUUUCUACUAUGUAAAGCCUUCUUCCUUCAGAGGGCCUGAUCUGGAGACUUUAUGGGAUCAGGGUACCUGUUCAUUUCCACCUUCUACCCUAUUCUCUUCACAGCUUUCAGCUGAAGUGAUUUUAAAAGGGAAAAAAGAAGAAAGCAGCAUUCUGUUGAGUACAACUGUGAAUUGCAGUGGAGUAAAAAUUGGUCCAGGCGCAUCCUACUUUUUUUUUUCUUCCUGUAAGAAAGGGACCAUUGUACAGGUUUUGCCAGUCUGUGUUCUUUUGUCUGCUUUGCUGCUACUGUUGAUUCCUAAUUGUACAUUCCAUAAAUUUUACAAAUAUUUGAAGGACUAGGAUGAAAUUCUGUACUUAUUUUAUUGACUAAGGUAUGUUUCCCCUCCAUCUUUUAUUUUAUUUGACUGGAGUAAGGCAGGCAGUGAUUGCUGAAGUCUGAUGAAAAAGCUACUGAUAAUUUUACUUAAGAGGGUUCUGAUAAUAUUAUGAAAAAGAAAAUCAUUGAGAGGAACUGAUCACGAAAACAAAAUACAGAUUUAGAUUUAAAAUGUCUCCAUUGGCAAGAGGGCUUUUCUUGCCCAUGAGAGGUUCCUUGUGCAGUGGAGAGAUCCAUCAGUAGAUGAAAAGCUAGAUCUUCAUUAAUUCUCCUUUCUCAGCAGUCUAUUUUAUCCUCUCCUCAGUUUCUUCCAUUGCUGAGAGCGUCUUUUGCUAAAUUUAGGGGCAGAGAACAAAAAAACUCAGGUGAGGGCCUCGCUUUCAGUAGAAAAUGUCCAAAUGUAACUCUCUUUAGGAAAUGCUAUGGUCAGGAAAAGAAGAUGCAUCUAACCUGUUUUUUCAUCUUUUCCAAAUUAGGGAUAAAAUAAUGCUAGCAGUAAAAUCCAUCGUGGAAAGACAGUUCACUGGUUGUAUCUUUAAUGAACUUCAAAGAGCAGAUAAUAAAUUUAACUUCUAAAGGCACACUUUAUAGUAUUUUAUGCAUUUGACUUUUCCUAAAUUGGGAUAUGGUUGGUGAAUUUUGGAAUAUUUUUGGUCAAAAUUCAGGAGUAUAAUUUUCAUUCCAAGAAGUUAGUUUCACCUUAUUCUGUAAUCAGGUGAAUUCAUUAUAGAUGAACUCAAAACUGAACCACCAGCAUUUGUGAUUUGAAUAUAUUCAGUGAAACUAUCAGGACCCCUCCUUUUCUGCUUUUAGGAUUCCAGUUUUACAAGGCACAAUGUGGGCCUUGUAGUUAUCUUUGCUGUUACAACUGAAAAAAAAAACAAUUUUGUUUAAGUCAAAAUUAUUCCAUAUUUCAAGCUUGUUCCACACUUGUUAAAAUUUAUUCACAGAGCAUUUCUGCAGUGACUUUUUUUAAAUAAAAAAGGAUGUAAAAUAAAAAAUUAAGAUGUACUUUUUGAAUACUGUCAUGAUUUCAGCAUUUCAUCCUAGUCCUGAUCACAGUCCAAGGUUUUAUUUUCACAAACAUACUCAUUUUAUGGUGCUCUUUGUAUUUUAGAAUUGCAAAGCAAAGUACUGUUGAUUUCAGUUGUUUGCAUUUGUACCAGCAAGUAAACUAUUUUUAUUACCUUUUCUAUUUCUUAUUGUAUGAGCUUUUGUUGUUUACUUGGAGGUUUUGUCUUUUACAACAAGUUUGGAACUAUUUAUUAUUGCUUGGUAUUUGUGCUCCAUUUAAAAAAACAGGAGCACAUUUUCUAUUAUGGAUACAAAUAUUGAGAUGGCAGGAUGUCAUUUCAGUAUCACUUAGUAAAAUAUUUAUUGUUCCUUUUAUUCUCUGUACAAGACUUUUGGCCUCUUUUCUCCCCUUACUGUCAUAUUGUUGAGUUCAGCAUGUGUCUACCAUUUCAUUUGUACACUCAUUCAAAACAACGUUUGUUCCAAUUUCAAGUUAUAAAAACUAAUAAAUUGGACAUUUGACAUGAUCUCCAAA